AUGUACGUGAAUAAGUGCAAGUGCAGACAAUCUGCCAGUGAAAAUUGUUGCUCUGAGAGUUCUAACCCUUUCCUGUUGGUGGCGACGACAUCCGCUUACCGCUUCUACCAGGACGAGAUCCCGAACGGAGAUCACGUGCCCCACCCUUGUAAAGCUAACUACUUAUGGUGGGGAGUCGGGCACGACAACUCCCUCGGGGGCGGACCAAGGAACCCAUUUGGACGAGAUUUCGCUCGACAUCACAGUUGGACGACGGAGUUGUGCCGCCUGGACUCGGACGGGGACAGGAUGACCAACGGUCAAGAGCUGGGUGACCAUGACUGUGUCUGGAAGAAAGGAACCUUCCCUUCCACCUCAAGCGGCUUAUCUCAUCCAGGUGUCUGUGACCCAUGGGACAGCGAACAGUGCAGGGAAGCAAACAAGGAUGUCUCGUGCGAAAGAGGGGAGUUCAAACGCGACGGCAUCGACAGUCCAGAUGUGAUGAACAUAACGCUGCGGUUCCCCCCGACCCGUGUCCCGGCUGACCAAACUAGCUACAUGUGCUUCACCUUUAACCUUGACAUGCUGGAUGAGAACACCGACUACCAUCUGAUCGGCAGCAAGCCCUUCAUCGACAACGCCAACGUCAUGGCGGGGUGCGACGCUACUGGCGUGCCUCUCUCCGAGCCAGCGGUGUGCAACAUGGCGUCCCCGGGAUGCCAGAAAACCCUUCAGCUGUUGACACUUGGGAUGCCAGGGGAAUGUGUCUAUCGGGAUGCCGGAUUCAAGUUUGGCAAGAAGGCAGGGAUGUCCAUGAUCAACACGCAGUUCCACUGGACGAACCCACAGAAAAGAACCGACUACGUGGACAGUUCAGGCCUUGUGUUGUUCCUGACAACGAAGCUGAGAAAGAACAACGCUGCCUAUUUUACCACUUGCCAGACGCAGUUAGUCAUCCAGCCUGGUCAGCAGCGAGUGGUCAAGACGUCUACAUAUUUCCAACAAAACGUGGAACAUUUCCGGAAUGGCGAGAAACUGCGAGACUUGACUCCAGACGAGGUUUACAGUUAUGACAACCCUAAAGUUCACACGUAA